AUGGUGCCCCGCGACGCCACUUCGCCGGAGGAAGUCGCCAGCGAAGGAGGUGAUGGGAGCGUGUCGGCCGGGUCAAUGAGCCUCUCCUCCACCAUGCCUGACCUUCCCGCUACUCCACUGCCGCCACUGCCCGGGUUCACCACACUGGAGGUGAGUGGUGCUCCAUGGCGUACCCCAUCGCCGCAACCUGCUACUUCCACGGUGGUCGCGCUACCGUCGCCAACACUUCAGGGCAUCGUCGUGCCAGGGGCGGAUAACCACACAGCUGGGUCCCCCAAUGGCGCCGCUGUCUCGAGCUUCCGGAGCAGAGCGGGAAGCAGGCAUGCCUUGUCUGGUGCCUUUCCUUUGUCUGCUGGCGAAUCUCCGGCGCUGCCGACGCCCAUCAUGAUCAGCUCACUUCCGCGCACGUCUUCGCAGUGCGCGGAGGCGAGCGAGCAGCUGCAUCCCUACCGCCAGUCGCUGCUCGGCAGCUCCCUGCCGCCCGGCACGGCGCGCUUCACCACGCUGCCAACGCCGUUUGUGUCGCGGGCGGGGGCAGGCAUGCAGAGCAGCGGAGCCCGCAGCCUUCGCGAGGACUCCGCCGUCCUCUCCCGUGCCUCCUCUUUCACUCCACCAGCGAUGCGGUUUGUGCAGCGGGUGCGGCGCCGCAUCCUGACACUUAGUCAGAUGCAACUGCAGCUUUCCGCCUGGGACCUCUUCCACACAGACCACAUCGGUGGCCGCUCCCAGGCGGCACUGCAGGUCACUGCCGCAGCGUCUGGCGUCACAAGCCCAGCCGUCUCACUGACCGCAGCAGCGCAAGGUGGUUGGCGGGCGAAGAAUGAACCGGAGAGCCGUGGGAGCAGCAGCGGAAGCAGGUCGAGCAACUCUCGGUCCCAGGAGUACUCACAGCACUUGUGUGGUUCCCACGCGGUGUCGGAAAUGCCGCAGCAGGCGCUACCCGGCCCCCACUGGCUGUUGAGCGUGAGCGAGGACGGUUUCUUGCGCUACGAGCCGCUGCCAUCCGCUGCGCAGCCGCCGCCGUACAUGCAAUCCCCGCCGGUGGUCACCACUGCCGAUUUUGCCUUCCUCUGUGUACCUUACGAGGCGCUCGCGCGCGGCAUAGGGCCAGAGGUGGGCCACCACAGCCAUAUCAGCACGAGCGGUCCGCUCGGUGUUAGCGCCGGCGGCGUCGGUGUAGUAGCUAUCAGUGGUGACGGCGCGGUCGAGGAGGUGGCGGCGGUGUUCGACGUGCUUUUUGGUCUCUUCAGUGGCACCAGGCAGCAGCACUCGCCAGCACACCAGCAGCGACCGCCGCCGCACCGUGGCACGACCGGAGCCAAGUCGAGCCUCCUCACAGUGAACAACGGCGGCGGCGGCGGCGCCACCGUUUCCACCGCACACAUACAGUCUGGCAGCUCUCCCGUGCAAGACGGCGAGGAUCCGCUGCCGCAGCCGAUGGUGUGUGCUGGCCGCGACGACGACGGGCAGCGUACUUGGCGGGACAAGCGACAUGCAGAGGCCUGCUCCAACUCCUACCCGCAGGUCGCCGCUAGGCCUAUCAUCGACAACGCCGGGGGAAAGGGCGGCCAUGGCGAUGCGAUGGCCUCGCGCGAGGUCCACUCCCCCGAGGCUUCAUCGCCACGAAUGCGAGUCUCCAAGGCACGCACGUCCACGGCUGCCGACUUCCCGUUGUUCAUCUCGAAGCGACUGCAACCUGCGGGAUGCCUCGACAGCGACAUUUCCGUCUUGCCGCAUCAGAAUCACGUGGUGCCGGGGCUGCCACUCUCCUUGACCGAGGAUUGGCUGCUGCCGCUGCGUCAAGCCCUUGUGAAUCGCACGAUCUUCCUCCUUGUCAAGCCCGGCAGUGAAGAGGCGCCGGCGUCAAGCCCGCGCCGUGCGAACGCGACGAGUAGCGCCGAGGGCUCGGACAGCGCCAUGAACGAACGGGUAGUGCAGCGGUUUCUGCGGUUUGCCAAGACGCACUAUGGAGUCACGGUGCAGCCGUGGCGCGUCAUUACCUUCAGCUACCGCGAUGCGACGCGAGCUCGCAACGUGAUGCUGGCUGUCUACGGGCAGCGACUUCGUAAGAAGCAACAGCAGCAGCAACACGAGCAGAGCGCUAACUGGCGGCCGGCUUCGGAGACGCUGUCACCGGCGCCGUUGACCCGUGGUGCCGGCGCGGACGAUGUGGCGGGCACUGCCUCUCCAGCCGAUGGCGCUGAUGUGCUCGCUGCAUCUACCGCACCGCCCGUCCCCCGCAGCGGCUGCUCCGUCACCCCACUUGAGCCUUCGUGCGUGACACCUGGCUUGCCUGUGAUCGCCACCCCUGGCGGGGCACAGACGCCGCGCGGUGCAUCCCUCAUGUCAACCUCGCGGCUCACACUAACGUCUUUGGUUGGCGGAAGCGAGUGGCGUCGUUGUCGUAAUGACGGGGCGAGUCGGCCGCAAGACGACGAGGGUGGCCAGCAGGAGUUUUCCGACCCCUUCUACACCUUGACACAGGAGUUGAGCGUUCAGCCGCUGCCGACGGCGCUGGAGGAGUACAGACCGUUGCUGGAGCGCCACGCUGCGACGCAGAUGUCUGCGCAGUCCGGUGCGAGUGCGGUGGCGGCCACGACAUCCCCAGCCAGUGGCAUCUGCACCCAAGCAAGCUGCGCAGGCGGGACGGGGCCCGCCACUAGUACGAUCGGCGAGGGUGUGCAAGCCCUUGUUGACGUCGCCCGCCGGCUUUCAAGUGCGGCGGGCUCCGUCCCCGCCAUCGAGGGCCCCGCCACGGGGGACGUGAGUGACGACGGCGUGGACGCUGCAGCGGCGGCGGCGUGCAAGCACGCCCAGGAGGUCGUGUGGCGCGCCAGCGGUGCCGCGGGCGUGAGCAGCGCUCUUCGCCACUUCCAGCACGCUGCGACCGCGCAUCGCGUGGGGAGGGCGGCGCUUCCGGUGAUGAUGUGGUCGUGGCAGCUAUGCUCGCUGCUGCCGGUCAUUAUCAAAGACGCGCAGUCGCGCCGCAAUCGACUGCUGCACAACAGUCGUCACUGCCAGCACAAACUGCAGGGGGUGCAGCGAAGCAUCACGUUGCACCUGGCUGCCAGCCCGGCCAAGAACGUAGCGGCGCUGGAGGUGCGACUGCAGGCGGGGUUCAACGAAAUGGCGCAGCGGUUUUUGCGAGACCUCCGCCGACUGUUCAUCUCUACAGCCUCGACAGCGACGACUGCUGCAUUCUCGCCCAUCUCCCAGGUGUCGUCGCCGUUGUGGCCAGCGACAGGCGCACCAGGGCACGGACAGCGACAGCAGCAGGCGCUGCCCCUCGCGCCGCUGGAUGCACUACUCGUGUACGACUCGCCGGGCCUGCGAGAGGCGUACCAGCGCCUCGCUCGGGCGGUGCUUCGAUUCCACGCCUUCUACCUCGCAGGGCACUUCGCCUUCGAUGCACGAAUGCCAAGUCAGCCCUCGCGCACGGGCCACGAUGCAGCCCACGAGAGAAAGCUCUCGCAGUCGCCAUGGCCCAUAUCCGUGUACGAGCAGCGCUACGCCGCUCUCCGGGAGGCUGUGUGCCUCUCGCAGCUGCCGCCGCCACCGCCGCCACCGCCGCCCACGCGAGCGGUCACCCCUGCCACCAAAACGCCGACAAUUCCUGCUGUUCGACUGACCCCGUCGGGCAGUGCGGCACGGACGCCGGCAAGUACAAAGAGCGAGGCCGAAGAGACGCCGGUGCCGAAGGUGGAACUCCGGUCCAACUCCCGCCGCCGCAGCAGCUCCCGCAUCACGAGUGCGGCAGGCUCAGCAGCCUCUCUGGUGGAGGAGCCAUCACCGCUGCGAUCUGUGAGGCGGAGAGAGCCAGCUGCCGCGCCUCACAGAGAGUCCGUCGAAGGCGGCGGCGGUGGACGACGAUCGCAGCGGUCGUUCUUGUCACCGUCGUUUCUCGCUUCCGCUGCACGGGAGGUCGUUGCUGCCGCGGCGUGUCCGAGGGUUGCGUGCACGGAGCUAACAGCUAUGAAGAACGGCAUGGACUCUGUAAGUGGCGUGCCUGGAUGGGAGCGUGGGACACGGGGGAUAUCUUCAGAGCAAGUGGCAGACGAGGGCGCAGACGGCGACGGCACGCCCCGACUCAGUCUCGAGGAACUGCAGCAGCGGCGCGUCGCCAUGGAGCAUCAGCUCAUUGCGCAUGUCUCGCAGAUCAACACAGAGAUCAUCAACUUCCUGCUCGCCACUUGUGUGGCUGCCGUCCCGCACCUGCAGCAGGACUGUAUAGGCGCAGAGCUCGCGCGAGUGAAGGACGCGCAGGCGGAGAUGGUGUCGAGCUUCACGACGGCGGUGCGCGGACGCAAAGACGCCGCCAUCGCGAUGUCUCACCUCUACGCCCGGCUCGAGGAGUGGAGCGCAGAAAUGUCACACCUCGUGUCGGUUGUGCGGUCGCGGCCAUAUCUCGAAAAGUUUAUCACGGAACUGCGGGCGGCUCUGUGCGAGGAUGAGGUGCGCGCCCUCGCAGUCUUUCGCUGCGACAGCGGGGAUAGGCCGGACUCGGGCACCGCGGCGUGGCAGAUGCCGCAGGUAGAUGAUACUUCGCCGUCGCCAUCCAGUGCAGCAACGAAGGCGCGUCGCGGAAUCUAUGCGACCGCGGCACGUCUACCUCUGGCAAGUGCUAGAGCAAGCGUCAGCGCUAGCGGUGGCUUGCUGGACAGCACGCUGAAAGGGUCGGCAGAGCAGAACGCCGCCGCACCUAGUCCGAGCGGCACCCCUUGCGCCUGCGCCUCGAAGUCUUUGGCAGCGGAGGUGGGCUACCGGUCUGCCCGGAUGCUGCGCUACUACACUCGCCUCGCCUGCAAGCGGCGUGGGUCCAGCGGCAGCGACAAACUCUCCGACACCAGCAUGGCUGCCAACGCCCAGCGUAGCGGUGUGUUCGGCGAAAUGCUAGCAUCCCCGUCGCCUUCCCGGUCGCUGCGCUCCAUCCAGGGCGUUAACUCAACGUUGACGUCACCGCACCGCAGCUCACGCGUGAAAGGAGGCGGCGGCAGUGGGCGUGGUGCAUUGGGCUUGAGCACUUCGCUGUCCAGCACGUCGGCCGUGUGGAGUCGGGAGGAGGCGUGCGUCCGUGUCGAGGGCGGUGCCCGAGCGCUGCGUGUUUAUGACGCCGGUGACGCGAAGACCACGGCGCUCGCCUUUUUUGCCUCUCCGACGCAGCCGGUCGUCUCGGCUGUGGCCGCAGAGGUGCUCGCGAUGCUGGAGGUGAGGAAGCGGGAGCCCCUUCGGUCCCCAUCGUCCACCUCGGCGGCGCAAGCCGUGGUCGGCGCCGAAUCAAGGGGUGCUGCGCGAGACGGCGCUGCAUCGUCGGCCACGCCGGCAGCAGCACCUGCGCACCGCUCCGUCGAUGCAGAUGGCAGCGCGUGGCAGAAGCGGCUGGUACAGUGGCGCUCCGCCAUGACGGACGCAGAGAGGCCGGCCGAUGAUGCCUCUGCGGCGCCACUGCUGUGGAUUGUUCUGGACACGUGGGAUGAGACGCUGCUCCGCAUGCCCUAUGGACUGCUGCUGCAGCUGGACACACCCAGCUACGCUGAGUCUCUCAACCACAUGAGCGAUGAGCUCUUGAACACGCAGGAGAGCUGGAAGCGUAGCUGCGAAGGCUUGCUGGCGAGGAUCCAGCGGCAGCUACAGACACUGGAGGGAGAUCUCAAGAAGAUCAGCGAUGACCGUGGUGAGGUGCGCACCGAGUACGUGCGGGAGUUGCGGGCGGUGUUUGAUGCGGCUUCCGACCUCAUCGCCUCCCGCGAUGACGCCACUGCCAUGAGCGCCUGUCCGUUUUGUGAGCUGCCAGGCAGCACGAGAGGAGGUAUUCGGGCCUGA